CUUUCUUUCUUUUAUCACCGGACGGCCGCCGUGAACGUUACGCUCACGUCGUUGCAAUUACACAUACACACACGUACACUCGCAAGCAGAAAAAUGGCGUCAGGCACCCUGUACACGUAUUUGAACAACUUCCGAGCGUACAAGGCCCUUAUAGCGGCCCAGUAUAGCGGAGCCGAUGUCAAAGUCGACCCGGCGUUCGAAUUCGGCGUCACCAACAAACAGGAAGAUUUCCUCAAGAAGUUCCCCCAAGGAAAGGUACCGGCAUUUGAAUCUAACAAGAAGGAAUAUCUGACAGAAAGCAAUGCCAUUGCCUAUUUUGUAUCCAGUGAACAACUCAAAGGAUCUACUCCAUAUGAAAAAGCUCUUGUACAACAAUUUAUUAGUUAUGCUGAUAAUGAAAUUUUGCCAGCUUCUUAUGCUUGGGUAUAUCCUUCUCUUAGCGUUGUCCAAUUCAAUAAAUCGUCUGUCGAUAAAGCUAUUGAAGAUGUCAAAGGGAUUUUGGAGUACUUGAAUAAUUAUCUGCUGACAAAAACAUACUUAGUUGGUGAGCGCAUUACAUUGGCCGAUAUAACUGUAGCCUGCUCAUUACUACAAUUAUAUCAGCAUGUUAUAAAUCCAAUAUUCAAGGAACCAUACACCAAUGUAAACAGAUGGUUUGAUACUAUUGUUAACCAACCUAAAGUAGUUAAAGUCAUUGGAAAGUUUGAGUACUGUCAAAAGACUCUUGAAUUCAAAAAAGACUACUCUGAACUCCAAGGUGGAUCUGGAGAAAAGAAACCACAAGCUAAAAAAGAAAAAGCCCCUAAAAAGGCAGCAGCCCCCAAAGAAGUUGUUCAAGAAGAAGAACCUGAUGCAGCUGACCUCAUUUUAGCUGCUGAACCCAAGUCCAGUAAUCCUUUUGAUGCUCUUCCUAAAGGAACAUUCAACAUGGAUGAGUUUAAGAGAGUUUACAGUAACGAAGAAGAAUCUAAGUCUAUUGCUUACUUCUGGGACCACUUUGACAAGGAAAAUUAUUCAAUUUGGUUUGGUGAAUAUAAGUACAACCAUGAAUUACAGAAAGUGUUCAUGAGUUGUAAUCUAAUCUCUGGAAUGUACCAGCGAUUGGAUAAGAUGAGAAAGCAGGCUUUUGCAUCUGUAUGUCUCUUUGGUACAGAAGGAGAUAGCACAAUUUCUGGUGUUUGGAUUUGGAGAGGACAUGAUCUUGCAUUUGAAAUGAGUAAUGAUUGGAAAGUUGAUUAUGAUGUCUACACAUGGAAAAAACUGGAUGCCGACAGUGAAGAAACAAAGAAAAUUGUAAGCGAGUACUUAGCAUGGACUGCCAAGGACAAGGAUGGCAGACCUUUCAAUCAAGGAAAAAUAUUCAAAUAAAUACUCGUUACUUUAUAUCUAAAAUUGAUCAUAUUUAAUAAUAUAAAAAGAAAGAAACAA